UUGAUGCUCCGGGAAGGAAGCCAAAGUGAGAUUUCCAGUAAAUUACGCAGCGUCGAACAAUACCGGGGCAUGUUUUUCGCCUCAUCUGGUCUCAAAUCAUAUCCGAUUCUAACUGUGAUCCGAUAAUUGAUGUGAUAAGAUCUAGGAGGAAAACUAAACCAGUUUAUGUGCAACCAUGGAGCGCAACGCACUGGACCUGCCGCGCGUCCGGCCCUCGCCACGGGUAGCGCGUAAAAGCGAGUGGCUCCGGAGCGCCCUGGCCCAUCACCACUGCCCCGAACCCGGCGUGGAUAACGAAAUCGUGGUCCUGGCCACUGGAAUAGACCAAUACCUGCAGGAGGUCUUUCACCACCUGGCCUACCCCAACCGGAACGAUACGGUGUCGGCGGAGGACUUCACCGCGCUGUGCACCGUACUGGGACUCACCGGAGCGGAGAAAGGAAAGAGGAGAAUGAAAGGAGGAACCGGAGAUGGACAAAAAUAUGAGGAAGAUGAAGAUUUUAUGGAUGUUUGCUCUGUGCUGCCCUGCCAGCUGUCCUUUAAAGACUUCCACUCGCGGCUCUGUGGGUAUUUCCGUGUGCGCAGUGCGCGUAGAGGCGCUGCGGAGUGUGCCUGGCGCCUCCCGGUUACCGAGGACACAGAGCUGGUCGAGCGACAGAUCCGGCUCCGGUGGCCGCGUGUCAGACGGAGAAAAUGUGUGAGUUUUGAUCUGGCGAGGGAUCAGAAUGGAGCCGUUAACAGAUUGAUUAAAGGUCGAGCCGCAGAAGACAGCGAGUCAGAUGAGGUAGCAGCUCUGAGGGAGCUGGUGGAGGACCUCCGCUCGGCGCUGCAGGGGAGCGACGCCCGCUGCCUGGCCCUGGAGGUGGCCCUCCAACAGGAGAGGAGCCGCACCCUCCCUUCUCCGUCCAGCUUCAAUUCCACAACUCCGAAAACUUCCAUCACCCUCAUACAGGGAAAACUGGUACCGACACACAGAAUCAAAGGACAGGAGGCGAGGAGGGUGGCCAGGAGACAGGACAUCAGGGACCCCCUGGUGAGGGAGCUGAAGCUGAUUCGCUCCUCGCGUGAUGGGCAGCUGGAGGAGGCCAUGAAAUUCAAUGAACGUCUGGAGGAGGAGCUGCGAUGGGCGUACCAGGAGGUGCGCAAGCUUCACGGGGCGGAGUCUGCACUGAGGAAGAAGAACGCUCAGAUCAGGAGGCAGGCGGAGGAGGCCAGGGAGGCUCUGAGCUUGGGGCUUCAGAGGGUUCGGAUGAUCCAGGAGCAGGCCCAGUCUGUGCCGCAGCUUCAGUCCAGGAUCACCCAACUGGAGACUGAACUACACCAGUACAGAUCCCGCUGCACCUGCAUCCCUGACCACGCCCAUCAACAACUUUACCCAAUCGGAGCAGAAGACGCCUGUAGCAAGCCACAGGCAGAGUGUCUGCAGAGAGCGGUGGAAGGAAGAGCUGCUUCUGAUGAAGAGGAGGAGGACACAGGGAUGAGGGAGGAAGGACGGUGCUGCCUGUCAGAUGUGAAGAAGCACCGUCUGCACGGCUGUGGCAAAGGAUGUCAGAACGAUGAGGUCCACCAACUUAUCUCUCAGAGUCACCUGCAUGAUAAAAACCUCAUCAGCACUUUUAGGAGCAGCAGGGGCCGCUGCAGCUGGAAGGGACAACGCCAAGAGCAGCCAGAGGGAAGCCGAGGCUUUGAAAAAGAAAAGAGGCCUAAGGAAGAGGAGGAUAAGACAAGGCUGGAGGAGAAAGAGAAGACACGUCUGUCCUUGCUGGAGAAGAAACUCACAGAUGCCCUGACACUGCUGAUGCAGCUACGCAACAAGAACGUGUCCCGCAGAGCCCUGGGGAAGAUCGUGAUGGAUACUCUGGAUGUGUGCAGUAGGAGUGGAGAUGGUCCAUCUCAGGUCUUGCAGGUAGCUGAAGCCCUCUGUGUCCGGCUGUCCUCGAGGGAUCUCCUUGGAAACGGAGGGGAGGAUGAAGGGGGAGAGAGCAGAGAGAAACCCCUGCUUCCAUCUGCAGGCUGUCAAACCAGCAGCAUCAACCCUCUGCUCAUCUCAUGUUGAAUAAGCUUCCUCUGUGGUACUUCUAUUUGUCCUCUUUUUUAUUUUGGGCUUGUUUUGCACCCAUGUAAGUUUCCUAGUUGUGUACCCCAGGUUUUCACACUGGUUCAAUGUAU